AUACUGCAGUGCACUCUACGUGGAUAGGGGAGGGACGGUGACGAUUAGGGUUGCCCAACAAUGUUGUGAUCGUAUUACAGAGGCGGGGGAAAGGCCACAUUGGAUUUUUGUUUUAAAUUAAGUGCAUUGCGUCUUUGAAGCGCUUGGGAUAGGCUCAAGACUGUGCUCUUUGGUUUUGGACAUUGGGAAGCAUUUGCAUCGUGGGAUUAGCGCCUGAUCAUGCUUCCUAUUACAUGGGAUUAUUAUUUGCUCAAAACCAGCAUUACAGUCCACGUUCUGCACAUAUACAGAGCAUUGAAGCAUUAAAAUAAGGCAAGGAUUCAUUUGCCGCCUUUGACGCUUGCCCUGCAGAUGCAAACAUGUUCUCGCUGAGAGUCGUCACGGCAGAUUAUUACUUGAGCAGCCCCAUCAGAGACCUGGACGUGUGUAAUUCGGAUUUCAGAGACAGCGAUGUUAAGAAAGUGCCCGUGGUACGAAUCUUUGGGUCCACACCAGCAGGUCAGAAGACAUGUCUUCAUCUGCACGGCGUGUUCCCAUACAUCUAUGUGCCGUACGAUGGGUUUGGACAACAGGCAAAUCGCUACCUGCGGCAGGUGGCCUACAGCAUUGACAGAGCCCUGAAUGUCAGCAUGGGAAACCCCUCAUCUAACACCCAGCACAUCUUUAAAGUGUCUCUGGUCACUGGCAUGCCUUUCUAUGGAUUCCAUAUGAAGGAAAAGACAUUUAUGAAGAUUUUCCUUUACAACCCUCAUAUGGUCAAAAGGGUGUGUGAACUCCUGCAGGGUGGUGCUGUGAUGAAUAAAAGUUUCCAGCCCCAUGAAGCUCAUAUUCCCUAUCUGCUGCAGCUGUUCAUCGAUUACAACCUCUACGGCAUGAACAUGAUAAAUCUUGCUGCUGUCAAGUUUCGAAAGAGUCAUGCAACAGUCGGAGAAAAGUCGUCGAGUAAAUUGGACAGCACCAUCCCAUGGAAGAGUCCCUGCACUUCCAAACUCAAUGACAGUGUUCUGAGGGAUACAAUGUCCACUCGCUGGGGGGAGGACAACAUACCAAGUUCUCUGAUUUUAGAGGAGGUGGAACGCAUGAGUGUAUGCGAGCUGGAAGUUGAUGCUGUCGCUGCAGAUGUUCUCAACCGACUAGAGAUUGAGAAUCAGAUUGGGAGAAACCCUGGUCUUCAGGCCAUCUGGGAGGAUGAGAAACAGCGACGCCGGGAGCAAAGUGAAAGCUCUUUAAUUGACGUGCCUGAGUCACAGGAUCGAGGCUUUGUGGAGUUUGCAGAAAGUGAAAGAAUCCUGAUGAAUAGAUUUAAGGAAAUUCUGAAAGAAAAUGAAUUUGACGUGACUCAGGCUGGUUCUGAAGUUGAUGCGAAUGAAGAUUCUUUCCCUAACCUUUCCCUCCAUCCUGUCGUCUUGACCCCAGAUGAUUUGCCCUCCAUACCUGCUAGCCAAGUGGAUGUUCACCACGAUGCAAUUAAAGAAAUGAAACGGCCUGAUGGCAAAGACACUGAGGUGGCAGUUGUUGAUGAAGAGGCCAUUUUGAAUUUAUUAGAAAACAGUCAUACCUUCCUCCCUCUGUCUCAAAACUCCAACCAGUCAGCAAUACUCGAUGGCAUUCAAGACCAGCCUAUGCUGGAUUUGCUUGAGGAACUGUCUGAUUUUGGAGCAGUAAACCAGCAGUGUAUGUCUGGGAGUGGCAUCUGUAACAGUGAUGAUGAAGAGGCGGGGCCUGAACUAGAGAAAGAAGAGGCAGAGCUCAGCAUAAUCAUGUCACAAAGAUGGGACAAUGAGAUUAAAGAACACUCCGCCAGGCAAAGAUUAUGUAUGAAAGAAGCAAAUGAAAGCUCCAGCGAUGAGCAGCAGGCCUCAUCAGAUGAGGAGAUGGAUUGGAAAGGAAACGCUUCUUUUCCUGCUGAUCUGUCUAUUCCACAGUUAGACGGGGCUGCAGACGAGAACAGUGAUUCAUCACUUACAGACAAAGGAUCUAUGACACAUUCAUCUUUAAAAGUAACAGACAAGAUUCUUGGUAGCAGAAAUGUGUUUCCAAAUGGAGCUUUUCUCUCAGAGACACCAUCCUCUGCCAAAAUUGUCCUUGAAUACAAAUGUGCUGAGCGAAGACUUCAAGAGGAAUCGUCCGAAAACCACUUAAAAAAUAAACAGACAAAUGAAUGUUCAACCGGAUUAAGAGUUAAUAAAGAGAUUACAUAUAUCCCACCUGUUAAACACCCAAUCCCUUGCAACAUUGCAAAUAUUUCUCAAAUUGGUGGUGACAAAAUUGGAGUUCACCCUUCGUACACCAAUGAAAAUAAGGCCACCGGCCUUAACCAAUCUGAACCUGAUGGUUUAAUGUUUGGAAACUCUAAACUUGUCCAGUGCAGAAAAAAGUAUGGCAGUAUUAAAAAUGUGGAAAUGAACCACAUCUCCAUCAUGGAGAAUCACGGGGGCUUCUCAGUAUGUUAUUCAGAGCGGAUAAACUGCCCCACCAAUACUGACAUGGAGCUGAGUCCUAAAGAUUGCAGAAAUUCUGUAAUAAGGAGUUUUGACCAGAUACCAAGCCCAAUGGGGGAGGGCCAACCAUUGGCUCCUCAAGAGGGCGAAACAGGACAGGGUAGUAAAGAGGGAGAUGUUGGUGAACUGAAAAUAAGGUAUGAGGACUACCAAGAGAAUAAAACAGAGAGGACUGUUGUGGCUCAGCAGGAGGCACACUAUAAGUUUUUUCCUAGUGUCGUCCUCUCUAACUGUCUGGCGAGACCGGUCAAAAAAACAAUCUGGGGUAAGACUGGUGAGAGCUGCUGUACUAUGGAGGAUCCUGAGCAGCGGAGGUCAAGAUUAAAGUUGUCCAAAAAGAGAACUACAUUAAGUCAAAAAGGGACAAGUCCUUUGAGGACUCCAGCUGCUAUAAAAGAGGAAGCCCCAACCUUCUCUGCCAUCACUCCAGGCUCUCUCAAUCAAAAGGAAACAAAUAGUAAAGAAAACAUGGAAACCUCAGAUUUUUCAAGUGUUAAAAAAUCUGAGAGCUCAGUAGAGGAGGAACUUGUAGUUAUUCCCAGCAAAAUAUCUCGCACCAAGGUUUCCAGUUUGCCAGGUAGCAAAUAUACCUUGCGAACAAAAAGGAAAAGGAGCCGUGACACUGAAGACGGAGAUCAUUUAAGUUCUCGUUCCUUCAAACGAUCCUUGGUGCCCAAUGAAGGCCUGAAAGAGAAAAACCACAUCCAAAAAAAGAGAAGGCUCUCUAAAAAAGAGCCACCAGUUAUCAUCAAAUAUAUAAUCAUUAACAGGUUCAAAGGUCAGAAGAACAUGCUUGUGAAGAUUGCAAAAAUUAAUGCAGAUGAACCUUUCACAGUUUUAACACCAGAAAAGCUUGCAGAAUACCAAAAGCUUGCUCCUCCCAAACAUUUUUGGCCCAAAGUCCCAGACACUACAGCAGUCCAGUACCCUUUGCCUGAGCCAAAAGUCAAGAAAUGCCCCAAAAGAAAACUCAAGGUCAAUCUAACAUCUAAGAGGGUGAGUACCUCACCAAAGUUGAAAUGUGACAAAGCUAGACAGACUAGAAGACCAAGGUGUGUUAAAGCAGCAUUUUCUUUGCCCAAAUUACCCACUCCGUGGCCUUGUUAUAAUGAUUUUACUGAUGAUCACUCUACAGAGUACUCUGAUGUAAUGGUGGAGUUGGGUUAUUUGUCUGAAAUGGCUCCUAGUUCUUCUGAUUCGACACCACCUCGGUGUUGGUCACCUACUGACCCCUUAUUGGAAUUAAAUUCAAAUGAUCAUCUCAUAAACCCCCUUAAUGAUCCAUGUCUUGGUUCACCCUAUCACUCACUGACCCACAAGCCGUACAAAAUAGGACCUCGAGACAGAAGCAGAACAUCCAGUCCUAAAAAGAGUUCUGCUGUAAGUAAAAAAUGCCAGAGUAGUAGCAUAAAAAAAAAAUUGGUCAGUGGUUCUAUAAAAACAGGAGAUUCGCAAAAGAAAACUAAUCGAAUAGCUUCAAAGAGACAAAAGAAAAAUUGUAAAAGUAUUGAAAGGACUGUUCUUGAAGAUGGCACGUCUACUACUCAAAAAAGCAGGAAGCUGAACAAAAAGCUGUUUCAAGGAACUCAAAACUUGUCAACUGAAGGAAGUGACAACUCAAAGACUUCACUUCCAGUUGACAAUUCACCUCUUGAAUCCUCAUCUGACGGCUUAACUCCUUUCCAGCACCCCAGUUCUAUAAAAAGUAUUCAAGAGGAUGCUACUGUCAGUUGUUUUGAUUCACAAACUGUCAGCAUCAGCACUGAAAAAAAGCCAGAUCAGGGUAUUGAUGUUUUUGAGGUGUUUAAUGUCAUUGCCUCAAAUAAACAGGAGUUGCAGAUUGGUCUUAAUCCCUUGAAUGAAAAAGCUACAAAACCUCAGGGGCAUCCCUGUUCUGUCAUCACUUACAGCAGAUCGAAUUCAAUUUCGCAAAGCUUAGGUCUAAAUGGCAUCGUCGCAUCAGAUGAAUGCAAUUUAAAACCUGAGGUCACCUGCCAGGAAGAGAACCCGAGGACCAUACAGCAUUCACAGUCAACUGCAAAAACGAGCAUGAAAUCAAAAAGACAGUCAACAAAAAAGAAAUGUAGUUUGAUGUCUCUACCAGAGCCUGUUGAUUUUAUACCUUCAGCUUCUGAUAAGAAAGCAAUUACUGAUGAAUCUCAUAGAGACCUCACAAUAUCAUCCAUCCCUAAGAAUGGAAUAAUAUGUGUACCGGAGAUGCCUUCUGGGCUGGCUGUCCUGAAGGAGCUUCUCCAGAAGAGGCAACUUAAGGCAGGACAAACACUACAGGAAAGUGUUCAUGUGACUGAGACUACGUCUUCCACCAGUCAUCCCAAUGAUGUUUCCAAAACAGUCAAACGCAAAAGACCUCCUUCGUUAACAAUAAGGAAAUCAAGAUCUGCAAGAACCAAAGUGCCAGAUGAGUCCAUAAGCAAGCAAAGCAUGAAAUGUAAACCUGGAGAUUUGGUGAAACUUGACCAUCUUUCAGAUGGCAGUCCUGUCCUUAUGUCUGACCCUGGCCUUGAUAGCUGUUGCUCCAUCGAGGAAAGCUUAUCCCCAGAGCUCCCAGAUAAUUAUAACUUUGAUAUUAAUGCCAUUGGCCAGACAGAGUUUUCCAGUCUUUAUUCUGGCAACCAGUUUGUUUUAACUGACAAGAACUUGCCUCAAAAGUUUCUCAGUGAUGUCAGUCAAGAGGCAAUCAAUGCCCUUGUUGAAGGGUUGGGAAGCAGGGCACAAAAAAUGGUUGAGGUUGACGAAGAUGCCAAACAUGGGGGCUGCCAUCGACCUGGAACUAUUAGUCCGGAGCUCUUUGACAAAUCAUCUUGUGAGAACAGCAAAGUUUUUCCUAAUGAUAUAUCUCUGCCCCUGUUUGAUUCCGAAAGGAUCUUGAACAAAGAUUGGGGGGGCUCCCUCGGUAAAAUCAAUGGCCUCAGCCACUUUCAGGACUUUUACUGUGAAAAAAGAGACAUGCUGUUCGACCCAGAGCCCCUUUUUUCAAUUACUUCUGUAUCUUUUAGGGAUAAUGGUGUAUCCCCAAGUAGCGAUCUCCAAGAUGGCAAUUCAGCAACCCCAAACAGUUCCCCACGGUCUGUGAGCUCACUGUCUCAACUAAGAAAUGGAGUUCAGACUUUAAAGAGUGGAGGAACUCACAUUCUCAAACCUCUAAUGUCACCGCCUACUCGCGAAGAAAUUUUGGCCACUCUGUUGGAUCUGGACCUCUCAGAAGCCACCUACCAAGAACCGUUCUGCAGUGACCCAUCAGAUGCUCCUUUGAAGCCAAGGGAGGUUGGCCGACGCAAAUUGACUUUGGAAACCAGGCUAGCAAACGAACUGGCUGAAUUUCAUGGCGAAAUAUCUCAGCAGGGCUUGCAGUUUUGGAAAGUAGCAUUUUCUGCCAUGACAAAUGCAGGGUCUGCACAAACCCAUGGUUCUCGGGCUUCGCUAUCUACCAAGAACCAAAACCCAUCUUCUGGUGGUGAUCAGAAGGUGAUCAUGCUUCCCUGCAAGAGUGCUCCAAGCCGGGAACGGGUGCAACUCUGGCUGCAGGCCAAAAAACAAUAUGAGUGCCUUCUGAGGGAUAGAAAACUAGUGGGUGACCCAAAAUGUGUAGAGCUAAAGCAUAGCACAUGUGACAGGACCUCCCCUCAGAAGAAACACUUGGAAACACCUGAAUCAAAAUAUUGUAAUAAAGGGCCUGAAAAGGUUUCAGAGUUGCAGUGUGACAAAAAGAAUGGAUUGAGUUUACCACUUCAUAUCUCACCAGUUAAAGUAGCUUCAUUUAACAGGAGCCCUAAAAGUAUGACGCAUUUCUUAGACACUCAGACCAAAGAUCAGGAGGUGGACGUAAAAAGGGGUCAGGUCAGGUCUUCAUGCUCACCUGAGCUUCCUACAUGGCAGGAAAGCCCUGCUGGCUCAAAAGAAGAUGAAGACAAGAAGGAUCUGUGUGAUAGAUUGCCUGCCCCCAACAUGGAUGAGUCUAAUAUCUAUUGUACAUCACCUGAAAAUGUACAGCCAAGGGACCUCUUGAGUCCAUCCCCUUUUCAUAUUCAAGAUCAAGUUUCUGAUGAUAAAACCUUGUACCUGCUCCACAGCACACCAGUUCUCAGGAGAAUACGAAGCAUUGAUGAUGAUGGGUCUAACUACAGUCCAACAGUGAAUGAUGAAAUGGAGGCCAGAUCACAGUGGCUACAUCAUAGGAGUAAUAAAAACAAAGAUGCUUUACGAAGAGUUCUGCUAACCACACAGAUGAAGAAUCAGUUUACUGCUAUGAAUGUUCCAAAGAAAGAGAGUUCUCAGAUUGAAGGUCCAUCGAUCUGCAAUUCAUAUGGUUUUAAAGUCAGCAUGCAGAACUUGCAGGAGGCAAAAGCAUUGCAUGAGGUACAGCACCUUACACUGAUGACCAUGGAGCUUCACGCGAGGACUCGACGUGACCUUGAGCCUGACCCUGAGUUUGACCCAAUUUGUGCCUUAUUCUACUGCCUCAGUUCUGAUUCGCCUCUCCCCAGUGCCACCACCACACAGAUAACCGGGUCCAUUAUCAUUGACAAAGAUUAUUGUUCUUCAGGACAAGCCUCAAGGAGCAAAGCACCCUUGCUGUUUAGAUCUGGUGUAACAGGAUUACAAGUCACCUACGCCUGCGAUGAGAAACAGCUGUUUGAGGAGAUUUCUAACAUAAUAAGAAAGUAUGAUCCAGACAUCCUGGUCGGCUAUGAGGUCCAGAUGCACUCUUGGGGAUACCUUCUGCAACGUGCAUCUGCACUAGGGGUGGACCUGUGCCAGCGGCUUUCCCGUGUGCCAGGCGAUGCAAAAGAGAAUCGCUUCUUGGCAGAGAAAGAUGAAUAUGGAGCAGACACCAUGAGUGAACUCCAUAUAGUUGGUCGAAUUGUCCUCAACCUGUGGAGGAUUAUGAAGACUGAGGCUGCAUUAAAUAACUACUCGUUUGAGAAUGUGGCUUUUCACCUCCUCCACCAGCGCUUUCCUCUCUAUAGCCAUCGCACGCUCUCUGACUGGUUUGACCACAAUACAGACGUGCAUAGGUGGAAGGUGGUGGAUCACUACGUGAGCCGUGUGUGUGGGAUGAUCCAGUUGCUACAGCAGCAGGAUAUUAUUGGAAGGACAAGCGAGCUUGCACGUGUGUUUGGGAUCCAGUUCUAUCAUGUGCUUACCAGGGGCUCACAGUACCGUGUGGAGUCAAUGAUGUUGAGGAUUGCAAAGCCGAUGAAUUACAUCCCAGUGACUCCAAGCACACAACAGCGUGCCCAGCAGAGAGCAGCACAAUGCAUCCCUCUAGUCAUGGAGCCCGAGUCGCGUUUCUAUAGCAACUCUGUCGUUGUGUUAGAUUUCCAAUCGCUGUAUCCCUCAAUCGUUAUUGCCUACAAUUACUGUUUCUCAACCUGCCUUGGACACGUAGAGAAUCUUGGAACGUGUGAUGAGUUUAAGUUUGGUUGUACAUCUCUCAGAGUGCCUCCUGACCUCCUUUACCAGCUCAGAAAUGACAUCACGAUUUCUCCCAAUGGCAUUGCAUUUGUUAAGCCGUCAGUACGAAAGGGUGUGCUACCAAGUAUGCUUGAGGAGAUUUUGAAGACCAGGAUUAUGGUAAAGCAGUCCAUGAAGGGGUGCAAGAAUGAUAAAGCUCUGUUCCGUCUCCUGAACGCCAGGCAGCUUGGCCUUAAACUUAUUGCUAAUGUCACGUUUGGUUACACCUCUGCCAACUUCUCAGGACGAAUGCCAAGUGUUGAGGUUGGUGACAGCAUUGUGCACAAGGCUCGGGAGACUUUGGAAAGAGCCAUUAAGAUGGUGAAUGACACCAAAAAGUGGGGAGCUCGUGUGGUUUAUGGAGACACAGACAGCAUGUUCGUGUUGUUGAAAGGUGCCACCAAGGAACAGGCAUUUAAGAUUGGUAAUGAAAUUGCAGAGGCUGUGACUGCCACCAACCCUAAACCCAUCAAACUGAAGUUUGAGAAGGUGUACCUGCCAUGUGUGUUACAGACUAAGAAGCGCUACGUUGGAUACAUGUACGAAAGCUUGGAUCAGAAAAACCCUGUGUUUGAUGCCAAAGGCAUUGAAACUGUACGCCGAGAUGGCUGUCCUGCUGUUGCCAAGAUUCUGGAGCGAUCUCUAAAGCAGCUGUUUGAGUCACGGGACAUCAGUGUGGUGAAGCAGUACGUACAGCGGCAGUGUGUGAAAGUGCUGGAAGCCAAAGCCAGCAUGCAGGACCUCACCUUUGCCAAAGAGUAUCGCGGCAGUGGAUCAUACCGCCCAGGGGCCUGUGUCCCUGCUCUGGAGCUCACCAGGCGUAUGAUGGCGUUCGAUCGGCGUUUAGAGCCACGUGUGGGUGAGCGUGUUCCUUACGUUAUUGUGUAUGGGAGGCCAGGAGUCCCUCUCAUACAGCUGGUUCGACGUCCGCUGGAAGUUCUGCAGGACCCAAAUCUACGUCUCAACGCCACCUACUAUAUCACAAAGCAGAUUUUACCGCCACUCGCAAGAAUUUUCAACUUGAUUGGGGUGGAUGUGUUCAGCUGGUACCAGGAGCUACCAAGGGUACAGAAGGUAUGGAGCUCUGGGGUGUUUGCAGGGGGCGAAGAGAGCACAAGGAAAGGUACCAUCUCUCAGUAUUUCACUACACUGCAUUGCCCCGUUUGUGAUGAGCUCACGCAGCUGGGAGUGUGUGAGCGUUGCCGUGCUGAACCACAGCUUGUCGCUGUUACCCUGCACCAGGACUUGAGGCUGUGGGAGAGUCAACAAGACCAGCUCUUAAAGGUGUGUAGAAGCUGCAGUGGUAGUGCAGAGCGUCAGAUGCCAUGCAUCACAUUGGACUGCCCUGUUCUUUACAAACUGUCCCGAGUUAAUCGACACCUUUCUCGAGGGCCUUAUCUUCGCCAACUUCUGGAGCAGUUUUGAUUUUCAGAUGUGUUUUUUACUCUGGUGCUAAACAGUCAUAAGCUAAGCACAGCUUUGUCUAUAUCAUCAAUUGUGAAGGUGCUUUCCCUUUGUGGAUUUUGGUGUCUCCAUCUUUUUCUGUUGUACUGUGUUGUAUUGCAGCACAGUUGGACUGAAGAGGCCUUAAAUAUAGAAAUGAGGCGAAGAUGGUUUUGAUGUAGUGUUUGAAUUUGCUCUGUUGUCCUUGAUCUUUGCUGUCAUUUGAGUAUUCAGACUUUAUAUUGUCAUAUGUACUCUCUCAAACUGAACCUCACAUGCGCUGUAGCAAUUUGUAAAUCAAAGAUAUUCAGUUCUGACUGUGAUUUUUUUUGUUUGUUUUUGUUUUGGUGGAGCAAAGUUUGGCUCCAGUUUGACUUUUUUUAUAUAAGCUCAUUUUUUUGUAAAUAUGCCUUGUAUAGUUAAGAUCCUAAAUACUUUCUGUCAGCACUGAAGAAACAAAUGAAAUUUAAAAACAAAAUGGACAGUUUUCUAAGCAAGUCCUGCUUGACGCACAUGUUCUGGAAAAGUAUUAUUUCUGUCCAUUCUCCACAGAGGCAAGUCUAAGUAUAAAUAAGUAUCAGCCUUAACUUCUUGGACUUCUGCAAUAUGUUUAAUAAUUUAUGGCAAGAGUAUAUAUUGUCUGUGUGCAUAUUUUCUUUCCUGUUAACAAACAUUUUCUAAUGCUUUCUCUAUUCUAAAACAAACAUUUUAUGUCAUUUAAAGAUUCAUUCUCUCAUUUUUUUAACGGAACAGUUUGUAUUUGUAAUCUUGUAAAAACCUGAGGUGCUUUGUUUUUAAAGAACAUUUGUGGGUGGAGUUUUGAAAUUGAUAUAAUAAAAAUCAACAUACUUAAUAAAGGCU